AUGUCGGCCGAUUUGCUAGCGGAGUUUGGCCAGACACCUGCCCCGACAAGGGUCUCUCCUGGUCGACAGAUGUCGAACCAGCCUUCGGGCUCAUUAUUCGAUGAUCUAGACCUGGAGACCGACUCCUUUGGGUCAUCGAAAAGUCUACAUAAUGGCGCUCCAGAUACACAAUUUACACCCCAAGCGCCAUGGCAGGCCGUUGCGCAACAGAACCUUGAACUACCGUCGACUCAGCAUAGUGAUGUCCUUUUUGAUGCAGCGUUUGACGCACCGGCAAGCGACCCAGAUGAUGACUGGGGUGAGUUUGAGGGUCCCGAGUCAAGUAAACCAACCGCACCUCAACUGGUGGUUCCUCCACAGUCAAAAGAGUCUUCAGUCACCAGGAACCGGCCUGUUAAAACCAGUCCGCCAAGAUCUGAUACAAUUGAUCUGCUAGACUCACUCUCGCUCCAGGGUUCAGCAUCUGUCGCCCCACAGCCGUCAAAGGCUAUGGAGAACAAAAAAGCCAUUGGCACAGACCAAGCCCAGUCAACGUGGAGUGACGAUGAUGCAUUUGGCGACUGGGGCGAGUUCGCCGAUGCACCAAGUCAACACCACACUCCAAUGGGACAACCAAAGGAAAUAUCAUCCACAAAGCCACCUUCAAAAGCCAUUCGGAAGACACCCCAGAAGACAUCAAAGAGUGUCGAACCAGCGACAUCGAUUUGGGAUGAUACAUCAUUUGACGACUGGGGUGAUUUCACAGAUGGCCCUAGUGCACAGCCUGUCUCAAAGCCAAAAGCCACGCCCACGCCGCCUGUGUCGAGCCCGUCUCCGAGUAAAUUUACUUCUGGGGCUACUACCCCAGCGGUCAAUGUCCGUCCGACCAACAUCCCGCCUCCAUCAGUUUUACUUGAGCUUUUCCUAGAUGUGUUUGGUAAACUCCAGAAGGAGGCCAUCAACGCCAAGUCACAGCUACGAUCCCAGACACCGCCUGGAGCCUCCGUCUCAGAAACAGCCUCCAACAUUCACAAUGCAGUUCAAUCAGCCGCCCGCGUCAUUGCCGGACGCAGUCUCCGGUGGAAACGAGAUACAAUUCUCAGUCAAAGCAUGCGGAUCGGCCCCGCUCGCUCCGGCAAAGCUGGGGGCAUGAAAUUGAACAGUGUGAACAAACAAGAAAACAUCAAGGAAGAGCAAGAUGCUGUUGACGUACUAGUUGCUUGGCGGGAACGUGCGGCAAUCUUCAACGCUGUCUUGCAGGGCGCAGGCCUACGGCCGAUCCCUGCAGUCCCAGAUCCCAGUGCCCUUAAGGUUAUUACCGCCCGGGCGGACCAAGGUGCGCUAAAGGCGUCGCAUCCCUGUGCGCUUUGUUCGCUCAAGCGAGAUGAACGGGUGCUCCGCGCAGAUGAACAGAAUGUCCAAGAUAGCUUUGGCGAGUGGUGGACGGAGCAUUGGGGGCAUACUGCCUGUCGGCAAUUCUGGGAAACCAAUCGAACCUUCCUUGGACAACGGUGA